CGAAGUUCCUAUAUGAUUGGCUGAUGGCGGGUAGGAUGGAAGAAGGCCAAGGGCGGAGAAUUGUGGGCGGGAUUAAGACUGCAAGAGCUGAGUGAUGGUUGGUUCCUGAACAAAGAGGGCGGAGUAAAAGGCGGAAGCAGAAUUUGGGGCAGGGCCUUGUGGAACUUGGGAGACCCAGCGAGAUGGAAGUAGUUAGGUGUCCGGAGCACGGGACUUUCUGCUUUCUUAAGACCGGCGUCUGCGAUGGCCCGAAUAAAGGAAAGAGCUUCUACGUGUGCCGGGCAGACACGUGCAGCUUCGUGCGGGCCACCGACCUUCCUGUUUCUCAUUGCUUAUUGCAUGAGGACUUUGUGGUAGAGCUUCAGGGUUUGCUUCUGCCACAGGACAAGAAAGAAUACAGAUUGUUCUUCCGAUGCAUUAGAAGUAAGGCAGAGGGGAAACGCUGGUGUGGAAGUAUUCCAUGGCAGGAUCCUGAUUCCAAAGAACAUUCUGUCCCCAAUAAGUCUCAGCAUGCAUCUGAGACAUUUCAUCAUUCUUCCAGCCGGCUGAGAAAUCCAUUCAAGGUACUUGACAAGAAUCAAGAACCAGCUCUCUGGAAACAGCUCAUCAAAGGUGAAGGUGAGGAAAAGACGGCUGAUAAGAAGCAAAGAGAAAAGGGAGAUCAGCUUUUCAAUCAAAAGAAGGAACAGAAGCCUGAAUUGAUGGAGAAAGAUCUCUCAUCUGGCCUGGUACCAAAGGAAAAACAAUCUGUAGUUCAAGAGAAGAAGCAAGAGGAGAGAGCAGAGAUUCAGUGUGAGGCAGAGGAGACUGGAGGCACACACAAAAGAGACUUUUCUGAAGUUAAAUCUCAACAGUGCCAAGGUAAUGAGCUUACAAGACCAUCUGCAUCUUCUCAGGAGAAAUCAAGUGGUAAGAGUCAAGAUGUCCAAAGAGAAUCAGAACCUCUGAGAGAAAAAGAUACCCAGCUUUUGCCUCAAAACGUUCACAGUCACAGCUCAAUAAGCAAGCCCCAGAAAGGGGGACCCCUCAACAAGGGGUACAAGAACUGGGAGGCUAAAGAAACAAAGGCAAAGGAUGGCCCUAGCACACAGGCCACCCAGAAAAGCCUGCCUCGGAGGCAUUUCCAAGAGCGGCCGGAGACCCACGGUGUACCUGCUCCUGGAGGACCAGUGGCUCAGGCUGCACCAGCAGCACCAGGGCUUUCCCUGGGUGAGGGCCAUGAAGCUGCCACAAGCAGUGACGAUGAGGAGGAAGAUGAUGUUGUCUUUGUUUCCUCUAAGCCUGGGAGCCCCCUACUCUUUGACUCGACUCUGGACUUACAGACGAAGGAGAACCUCCAAUUCCCUGAUCGAAGUGUGCAAAGAAAGGUAUCUCCGGCCUCAGGUGUUUCCAAGAAAGUAGAGUCCUCAGACCCAGCAGCCCAGCGUGUCUACCUUACAACACAACUGAAACAAAAGAAGAGCACACUGGCAUCAGUGAACAUCCAGGCUCUUCCAGACAAGGGGCAGAAGUUGAUCAAACAAAUCCAGGAGCUGGAGGAAGCGCUCAGUGGUCUUGCCCUUUCCCCAGAGCAAGGAACUAAUGAGAAGAGUAACAGUCAAGCGCCACAGCAGAGUCACUUCACCAAAACUACCACUGACCCUCCCCACCUGGUGCCUCCCCAACCCCUUCCUGGUUGUGGUACCCAACCCGUGGGUUCUCUAGAACUAAAGUCUGCCUGCCAGGUGACUGCUGGAGGAUCCAGUCAGUGUUAUCAAGGUAAGACCCAAGGGCCUGGCCCUGCUGUGAAUAGCCACCCCUGUGAGUUACGUGCCACCUGGUACAGUAGUCACCUCUUAUCCACACUUCCAGUUACCCUUGGUCACCUGUGGUCCAAAAAGAGGUGAGUACAGUACAGUAAGAUAUUUGGAGAGAGAAAGAGAC